ACUACAAGGAUCCCUUUAGGACAGAAAGAGAGGUUAAAUAGUCAUUGCCAGUUAAACAUGUUGUACUGUUGGCUGUGAUGAUGGAGAAGGGGCCACAAGCCAAAACAUGCACACAGCUUCACAAAGCUUGAAAAACAUCAAGCAUCCAGAAGGAACACACCAUGCUGACAUCUUGAACCAGGCCUGGCAGUGCAGAAGACUGAUCUCCCUAACUACAAGGAAGCAUUUGUAUGGAUUAUUUCACUACAACAGCAGAAUGCUUGGACUUGACUCACUUCCAGAUCCCAUGGACACCUGGGAAAUUAUAGAAACCAUUGGUAAAGGCACCUAUGGCAAAGUCUACAAGGUCACAAAUAAGAAAGAUGGGAGCCUGGCUGCAGUGAAAAUUCUGGAUCCGAUCAGUGACAUGGAUGAGGAAAUUGAGGCAGAAUACAACAUUUUGCAAUUUCUUCCUAACCACCCCAAUGUGGUAAAGUUUUAUGGAAUGUUCUACAAAGCAGAUCAUUGUGUGGGAGGACAGCUCUGGCUCGUCUUGGAGCUGUGUAAUGGGGGUUCGGUCACUGAGCUUGUCAAAGGCCUGCUUAGGUGUGGUCAGCGCUUGGACGAAGCAGUGAUCUCGUACAUCCUGUAUGGGGCCCUCUUGGGCCUUCAGCAUUUGCACAACAACCAAAUCAUCCACCGUGACGUAAAGGGAAAUAACAUUCUUCUGACAACAGAAGGAGGAGUUAAGCUCGUUGACUUUGGAGUCUCUGCUCAGCUCACCAGCACACGUCUGCGAAGAAACACAUCAGUUGGUACUCCAUUCUGGAUGGCCCCAGAGGUCAUUGCUUGUGAGCAGCAGUAUGACUCCUCCUAUGACGCUCGCUGUGACGUCUGGUCCUUGGGGAUCACAGCCAUUGAACUAGGGGAUGGAGACCCUCCCCUCUUUGACAUGCAUCCUGUGAAAACACUGUUUAAGAUUCCAAGAAACCCCCCACCUACUUUACUUCAUCCGGAGACAUGGUGUGAGGAGUUCAAUCAUUUUAUUUCACAGUGUCUCAUUAAGGAUUUUGAAAAGCGACCCUCCGUCACACAACUCCUGGACCACCCAUUCAUCAGAGGAGUCCACGGAAAGGUUUUGUUUCUGCAGAAACAGCUAGCUAAGGUGCUGCAGGACCAGAAGCAGCUAAACCCUGUUGCUAAAACCAGGCAUGAAAGGAUACAUACCAGAAAACCCUAUCAUGUGCAGGAUGCUGAGAAAUACUGCUUGGAAGAUGAUUUGGUCAAUUUGGAAGUUCUGGAUGAGGAUACAAUUAUUCAUCAGCUACAGAAGCGCUAUGCGGACUUGAUGAUUUACACAUAUGUUGGAGACAUCUUAAUUGCCUUAAACCCCUUCCAGGAUCUAAGCAUAUACUCUCCACAGUUUUCCAGGCUGUAUCAUGGGGUGAAACGUGCCUCGAAUCCCCCUCACAUAUUUGCGUCUGCUGAUGCUGCUUACCAGUGCAUGGUUGCUUUCAGCAAAGACCAGUGCAUUGUCAUCAGUGGCGAAAGUGGCUCUGGGAAGACCGAAAGCGCCCACCUGAUCGUUCAGCAUUUGACUUUCCUGGGAAAGGCCAACAAUCAGACCCUGAGAGAGAAGAUUCUGCAGGUCAACUCCCUGGUGGAAGCCUUUGGGAACGCGUGCACUGUCAUCAAUGACAACUCGAGCCGCUUUGGAAAAUAUCUGGAAAUGAUAUUUACCCCAACCGGAGUUGUGAUGGGGGCAAGAAUUUCUGAAUAUCUCCUCGAAAAGUCCAGAGUUAUAAAACAGGCAGUCGGAGAGAAAAAUUUUCACAUAUUUUACUAUAUUUAUGCUGGUCUUUACUACCAAAAGAAACUUUCUGAGUUCAGGCUUCCUGAGAAGAAACCUCCCAGGUAUAUGGCUGAUGAAACUGGAAGCAUGCUGCAUGACAUAACUUCUAAGGAGUCUUACAGAAGACAAUUUGAGGCAAUUCAGCAUUGCUUCAGGAUUAUAGGGUUCACUGACAAGGAGGUAUACUCAGUGUAUAGGAUUUUGGCUGGAAUUCUGAUUAUUGGGGACAUUGAGUUUGCGGCAAUCUCCUCUCAGCAUCAGACUGAUAAAAGUGAGGUGCCCAAUGCUGAAGCUUUGGAAAAUGCUGCCUCUGUUCUGGGCAUCAGGCCUGAAGAGCUUCAGGAAGCCCUGACCUCCCACUGUGUGGUCACCCGUGGGGAGACCAUCAUCCGCGCCAACACCGUGGACAGGGCAGCUGAUGUCCGUGAUGCCAUGUCCAAAGCCCUGUACGGGAGGCUGUUCAGCUGGAUUGUAAAUCGCAUCAACACACUCCUGCAGCCAGACAAAAAUAUAUGUCACGCAGAUGACAGCAUGAACGUGGGGAUCCUGGACAUCUUUGGGUUCGAGAAUUUUCAGAGGAAUUCCUUCGAGCAGCUGUGCAUCAACAUCGCCAAUGAACAGAUCCAGUACUACUUCAAUCAGCACGUUUUUGCUCUUGAGCAGAUGGAGUAUCAGAACGAGGGCAUCAGUGCCGUGCCCGUGGAGUAUGAGGACAAUCGGCCCCUCCUAGACCUGUUUCUCCAGAAACCCCUAGGCCUGCUUGCGCUUUUGGAUGAGGAGAGUCGCUUUCCCCAAGCCACAGACCAGACCUUGGUGGACAAAUUCGAGGAUCACCUGCGCUGCCGCUACUUCUGGAGGCCCAAAGGAGUGGAGCUGUGCUUUGGCAUUCAGCACUAUGCCGGCAAGGUAUUGUAUGAUGCUUCAGGGGUGCUUGAGAAAAACAGAGACACGCUGCCUGCUGAUGUGAUUGUGGUCCUGAGAACAUCAGAAAACAAACUACUCCAGCAACUCUUCUCAAUCCCUUUGACCAAAACAGGUAAUUUGGCCCAGACAAAAGCCAGGAUUUCUGCAGCCUCCAGAUCUCUGCCCCCACAUUUCAGCACUGGGAAAGCCAAAGUGGAUACUCUGGAGGUGAUCCGGCACCCAGAAGAAACCACAAACAUGAAGAGACAAACUAUGGCUUCGUAUUUCAGGUAUUCGCUGAUGGAUCUGCUCUCCAGAAUGGUGGUUGGACAGCCCCACUUCGUGCGCUGCAUUAAACCCAAUGACACCCGCGAGGCCCUGCGAUUCUCCCGAGAGAGGGUACUAGCCCAGCUUCGCUCCACCGGAAUCCUGGAGACAGUCAGCAUCCGUCGGCAGGGCUAUUCCCACCGCAUCCUCUUUGAGGAGUUUGUGAAAAGGUAUUAUUACUUGGCAUUCCGAGCACACCAGACACCACCUGCAAGCAAGGAGAGCUGCAUUGCCAUCUUGGAAAAGUCUAGAUUAGAACACUGGGUUCUAGGAAAAACAAAGGUUUUUCUCAAAUAUUACCACAUUGAGCAAUUAAAUUUGCUACUGCAAGAAGUCCUUGGCAGAGUGGUCAUGCUGCAGGCUUAUACCAAGGGCUGGCUCGCAGCCAGGAGAUACAAACGUGUUCGAGAGAAGCGAGAGAAGGGGGCCACAGCCAUCCAGUCAGCCUGGAGAGGAUAUGAUGCACGGAGGAAAUUUAAGGAAAUAAGCAACAGGAGGAUUGCGUCUGCUGUUGAUAUUCAAGCAGUUCUGCAGGGCAGUGUAGAUCCUGAAAGUUACCUAGAAGUGGAAUGCAACAGUGGUCAAACAGAGACAACAAGCAACGCUAUUACUGAGAAAAUACGGCAUUCACAAAUCCCAAGUUCUCCAAAAGGGUCCCGUGUCUUCGUGGGACAUGCAAAUAAGCACUCAGUUGCUGGGACUGAUGAGUGCCUUGCUGUUCCUGAUCGCCAAGGACUGAGGCCCUGGACAGCCCCUCCAAACCCCGGUUCAGCGACUGGCCUUGCCCAGAAGCAACGAACACCUCGUCGGCGGUGUCAGCAGCCCAAAAUGUUGAGUAGCCCUGAGGACACCAUGUACUAUAACCAGUUAAAUGGAACUCUAGAAUAUCAAGGGAGCAAGAGGAAGCCAAGAAAACUUGGCCAGAUCAAAGUGCUUGAUGGGGAAGAUGAGUAUUACAAAUCGCUAUCACCUGUGGACUGUGUUCCCAAGGAGUUUAAGUCCACCUACCAAUUCUUUUCCUCCUCAUCCUCAAAAGGAGACUCUAGUUCCACAAUGAGUCAUGCUUCCUGACCCCAACUCUGACCAGGGUUCUGAAAAAUCUCUGCAUAUUCAUGUAAAUCAAUACUUGGACAUUGAACUCCUGAUAGAAAACAAGAACGGGACACUUUGAAACUUGUUUCCUUCCUGGAAUUCUCUUUUCCUUGACUGAAGUAAAAACUUCUGAAGAAAAGGUGGUGAUAUUCACAUUUCAGUUCUGACAAGUAGGAUUAGAGACUAAAACUUUUGCAUUCAUUACAUGAUUAUUUUGAUACGGAAAGAGAUGCCUCUGAUUCUUUGAAACAGCUGUGACCAGAUGGAGGUAUAAUGGAAAUAUGUCAGGAGCUAUGAAAGUUGUCGGCUUGACUGCUCUAGGGAGCAUAACUUGAGAGUUCACUGCAAAACAGAGUGGCGGCAACACUGAAGGUUUUUACUCCAGGUGCCUGGCCUCUGUCACCUGUCACUGAGUCUCUGCCCUGUCCUGCUGGGGGCCACCAGCCAGCUCCUGAUGGAAAAGCAGUGUGGUCUCCUCUCCGACUUAAUCCUUGCCUAUCUGCAGAGACCUCCCCCAGGGUGCUGCUGGCAAGAAUGGCUCCUGGUUUCAAACACCUGUCCACUAGGAACUGUACUUCUACCCCCAACUUCCCCUUGCGGAGCCAUGGGCAGAUAUCAGAUGGCAGCAACUUCUGGUCUCUCCCAAGCGGAUCGGCUACCCAGUAGCCAACGGCUCCCCGCCAUGGCUUCCCCAUUUGCCGGAGAUUUAUCCAAGUGCGGAAUUUUAAAUGGAGACUAAAAUAGCACACUGAACCUUCUGCAGGAAGCUUUGUCAGCCUCGUGGACCAUAUAGACCACGCUCACCUUCAUGUGAUCAUCACAACAAUCCAUUUGUUUAUUCAUGUUGUAAACCUUUCAUUGACAUUAAUUUCAUGCAUUGUUCAAAGCGCUAUACCCUGAGGAUGUUUUCAUUUUCAUGGGGUCGGGACUGUUGUCUC